UAAAAUGUGCACUUAUGGAAACGUGUACGUCGUCAAAAUUUUGUUUCGAAGAUACGAAAGGUACUGGCACGGUUAUCUGGAGAGAAUGAAGAGCGCCAUCAUACACUGUGGCGGAGGGACAUGUUGGGGAAUCCCCACAUGCCAUGUUGUGAAUUACCGGAGGGAAUUACCAACUAUCGGGUGCACAGAUUGGAGGAUAUUCUACCCACAUGAAUAUACUUAUUCCAGGCUUGUCAAAGUAGACUUACUAUCGGGAUGGCUGCAGCUACCACUACAUCGUCAUUUGAGAGAGAAGUCGAAUGUAGUAUCUGCCACGAGCUGUUUGAAGAUCCGCGGAGUUUAUCAUGUGCCCAUACAUUUUGUUUUGAGUGUGUACAAAGACUAACGGAGGGUAACAGAUCGGUUGCAUGUCCUCUCUGUAGGAAGAAGACGGCUUUGCCAAGCAAUGGGGCCAUGGGUCUUACCAAGAACAGCCUCGCUCAAAUGCUGGUGGAUUUUGUAAAGAAAACUGGUUUUGCAGACAAGCUGAAUAUUGCCUGCCAAUCCGAGCAUGAUAUACGACUGAGAGCAGAGUUCUUUUGCAAAUCAUGCAAAAGUGUAGUUUGCGGUUCAUGCGGUAUGAAGUACCACCGUGAACAAUCAAAGCACCAAACAUUCCCAAUAGAUGAGGUACUCAAAAUGGAAGAUAAUCUUCGAGAUUUACUCGAGUGGGGUAAAAAUGAAGAAAGGGAGCAAGGCAAACGUAAAGAAUUACUUGAACUAAAACAGCAAGAAGUGACCACCAGGUUCACAGCAGUUGAGGCAGCUAUUAACCACACCUUUGCCGAGGAGAGUAAAUUUCUAGAUGACAGAAAGACCAGUCUCAAGCAACAGUUGUGGGAUAUGAAACGCUCUAUCAAAACAGCGCUACAAAAGCAGUGUGAUGCUGAAGAAGAGACUAAGACCGUAACAGAACUGAACAGCCUUACUGAAGACAUCUUGGAAGGCGGUGUCAAUGCUCUUAUGGAAAUGCAUGAUGAAAUAAGCAGUGGAUAUCAGUCACAGAAACGAAAUACAGUGCCAACUACCCUUUCUGAUUCACUGCAACACGUAUCAGAUUUGAUUUCAAGCAUUAAAUUCCAGCAGGAAUUGAAGAAGGGCAAAGUUGGAAGAAUUGUGUCAAAUACAGGUAACUGGAUGAUAGGGCAAGUCAGAUUUCUUUGCGACCGCAACUCCGGAGUUGACUCCAAUUGCAAACCUUCAAGCAUCAUUGAAUUGUCCAAUGGGAAUUUAGCUGUAGGAUUUAGCACACAGAAUGACAUUCAAAUAUUUGAUAAAUCAUACCACCGCAGCAGCAACGUACCAAAUAUCAGACCAUUAGCUGCUGUCACUGAUAUGAGCCAGCUCUCCAGCAUUAUGGACAAUGAUUUCCUAGUUCUUGAUGAAGAUGGUGAUGUCAGUCGUGUUUAUGUCUCGCGAAAGAAUUCUAUGAUUCUUUUUGAAGGAGCUAUUGAUCAGUUUGAAGACGAUCUUGGAGAAGAUACACCACACUUGAUUGCCGCUGAUGACAGUAUAUUUGCUCUGUUGUAUAAGGAUAGGGUCAAGAGCUUCACCAUUGAAGGAGAACCUGAACAAACCAUUAAACUACCAUCUCGCGAUGGUGACAAGCCUCUUCGAAUGCAGAUCCAUCGGAAAAGCGGUGGCUCUGAUGUGCCCUACCUUGAGAUCUUGAUUGCCAAUGGAGAAUCAGUGAGGAGUGUCCACUGUGAGCUUUCACAGUGUCAGAGGAUCAUUGUCUCUGAAACCCGCCUCCAUGAGAUGGUUGCUAUCCAUGGUAGAAACAUUGGUCAUGCCGUUGACAAAGAAGGCAACCUGUUCGUAGCCUAUACCCAAGAUGAUAAAUUCAUUACGAUAAGGAAGUAUGUCGGGGGUGAUCUGUCGAAAGAAGAGAUUGUGAUUUGUGAUCUACAGGUGAUGAUGGAUGAUGAUGGCACCGUCUUAUUAGCUUCUCUCAGUCCAACGUGUCUUGUCAUGUGCACAUCCCAGAAGAUGUCAGUUUUCACGAAACCUACCGUCGAUGAGUUUGUCCAUGGAAUUUUUCGAUAAACAUGAUGAUGUGGGCCUUAUCUACAUAUGUCACAAUAAUUGAUGAUGGAAUAAAGUAAACUGCUUAUUUCCUUUUUUUUUAAAGAAUGACUAAAUCAUUUGAGACAGCAGAUUGAGUAUAAUCUGCAACUUUGCAUGACCAUAGUCUAUCCAGAAAACACUGAGAUUUUCAGUUUCCUAGUGUAUUCCAUUUCCCCCGCUUCAUAUAAAACGUUUCUAAAAUGGGAAUAUUUCUUUAGUUAUUUUAUGGUAUAUGCAUUAAAGGAAGUUAUAUUGACUGGUUUCUUUUCUUUCCUUUGGUUUUGCAGCAUUUAUUAUUUCAUUAUGGUUCAUUGAUUAUAUUGAUUGAAGUAGUAGAAUUACAGAAAUAAAGAAACGUGCAUAAAUAUACAAAAAAUAUUAAAGAUUAUAAAGCCCCCAAAGCAAUAGAUUUUCACACCAAAACUAAAGCACAUCAGCAUGGAUAAAAAAUGUUAUAGUUCUUUAAAUAUUCUU